AUGAUGAGGAUUGGGCAUACAAUAUCCAGACUGAAAAACAACUCUUUUUUAAAAUUAUCUUCUUCUUCUUCUUCAUCUUCUUCUUCUUCUUCUUCUUCUUCUUCUUCUUCUUCUUAUCUCGACAACUCGCUUUUUUCUAUCUAUCUAUCUAUCUAUCUAUCUAUCUAUCUAUCUCAGUAUGUCUAUAUCUAUUUAUCUAUUUAUGUAAUCUAUCUAUCUAUCUAUCUAUCUAUCUAUCUAUCUAUCUAUCUAUCUCAGUAUGUCCAUAUCUAUCUAUCUAUUGUUCUAUUCCUAUAUAUGUAUAUCUAUCUAUCUAUCUAUCUAUCUAUCUAUCUAGCUAGGUGCCCUAACAUAUUCUAUCUGAUCCAGAUACUCCCUAGUAUAUUCUAUCUGACCAAGAAUCUCCUUAACAUAUUCUAUCUGAUCUGGAUGCGCUUUAACAUAUUCUCUCUGAUCCAGAUGCCCCGUGCCAUAUUCUAUCUGAUCCAGAGGGGCCCUAGUAUAUUCUAUCUGAUCUGGAUGUGCCCUGACAUAUUCUAUCUGAUCCAGAUGCUCCCUGACAUAUUCUAUCUGAUCUGGAUGCACCCUGACAUAUUCUAUCUCAUCCAGAUGCGCCUUAUCAUAUUCUAUCUGAUCCUGAUGCUCCCUAACAUAUUCUAUCUGAUCUGUACACGCCCUAACAUAUUCUAUCUGAUCCAGAUUCGCCCUAAUAUAUUCUAUCCGAUCCAGAUGUGUCCUAACAUAUUCUAUCUGAUCUGA